AUGGUGGGUGCUUUGAAUAUCAUGUCAGAGACUGGUGAUUUAUGUCUAGAGCUGUCCGAAGAUGAUCCCUUUUAUCAAGAAAAAAAGAAGCUCUUGAGUUGCAAAGGUUUAGGCGUAAAGGAAACGUUGAGUCUCAGUGGUUCAUUGUCUCAACAGUCGUUGAACGUUGCUUUCGAAAAGCUGCUUCAGUUUGGAAGAAUAGCUAACCUCGAUAAGGUGGAAGUUUAUUUUGGCGAGGAUGCCUGCACUUCUGCAGGACUUUACAGCGUUAGAAAUGAAAUCUCAGCUCUCAGCUGGAUCCUUUCGCUCAUAUCGGUUUCUUGUGAAACGCAAACACAAACCGAGACCUUGGAAGCUCUACGAGAAGCUGUGAAAAGCAAAAUCAGUGAGGUUGUUGGAGAGGAGAAGGAGGAAGCUAGAGUUGAUUAUAGCUACAGAUGCGAAAAGGAAAGCAGAUUAGUAGAAUGGGGUCAGAACAAUGGAGUCAAGUCCAAAUUGCAGAUAGCUCAGAUUGAUGGCUAUGGACGAGGAGCUGUAGCUAGUCAAGACUUGAAAAUUGGGGAUGUUGCUAUAGAGAUACCAAUCUCAAGUAUCAUUUCUGAGGAGUGUGUGAACAACUCCGACAUGUACCCAAUACUGGAGAAGAUAGAUGGGAUGACAUCUGAGACAAUGCUGCUCUUAUGGACCAUGAGGGAGAAGCAUAACAUUGAGUCGAAAUUCAAGCCAUACUUCGACUCUCUGCAAGAGAAUUUUUGUACCGGUUUGAGUUUCGGGGUUGAUGCAAUCAUGGCGCUUGAUGGUACAUUGCUUUUAGAUGAGAUAAUGCAAGCUAAAGAGCUUUUGCGUGAGAGAUAUGAUGAACUGAUUCCUCUUUUAUCGAACAACCAUGAGCAUAUAUUUCCACCGGAGCUCUAUACAUGGGAACACUACGUAUGGGCUUGUGAGCUGUAUUACUCCAACAGCAUGCAAAUCAAGUUCCCUGAUGGAAAGCUAAAGACCUGUUUGGUUCCUGUCGCCGGUUUUCUUAACCAUUCGGUACAUCCACACAUAGUCAAAUAUGGGAAAGUGGAUCUCGAAACAAGCUCCUUGAAGUUCCCACUCUCAAGACCUUGCAACAAAGGAGAACAAUGUUUUCUCAGCUACGGAAACUACUCUAGCUCUCAUCUGUUAACGUUUUACGGGUUUCUGCCAAAAGGCGAUAACCCGUAUGAUAUCAUUCCCUUAGAGAUGGGAGUACUCGAGAAUCUAAGACCCACAUUCGACGACAUGAUGCAAAACCUUGGAGAUGCGGUGGAUGAUUCUAUGGACAGAGAAAACACGGGUUGGGAUGUUAAAAUGGCGAUCAAGUUCAAAGAGCGGCAGAGAAAGAUCGUCUCUUCCAUUCUUGAUUCUUGCUCUGCAGGUAUCACGCUUGUUCAUGGCCAUCUCUUUCCCUGA